AGAAGGCAAGGGUACCUGGCGUGAGGCCAUAUUCGCCCGAUGUCGGGAAAGCUCCGAGGCUGGGAAUUUCUCUGCUGAGAAAUUAAUCCUCACAUUCUGGGAACCUUUUCCACCGUAUACUAUUUUCUUGUCCAAGUUGAAAUCAUGACCAAGACGGUACUGAAUGUUCGGCGCGUGGCCGUCAUUGGCGCUGGCCCCGCGGGUGCAAUUGCAACAGACGCCCUCGUCAAGGAGCAGGCAUUCGACACAAUCCGUAUCUUUGAAAGCCAGAAUGUGAUAGGUGGAACAUGGGUUCACACACCUCGAAAAGAUGCGCACAUACCCUCGUUGCAGGACUUGGUCGAGCAUCGCGCCGACACGACCAUUUCAAUCCCACCCAGUCUGCCGAGUGAGACGGAAAGAACAGAGAAGACAAGCUCAUAUCUGCAGCGGUUCUCAGACACUGGAGCCCACGAGCACCUGCACAGCAACCUCCCGCCGAGCGUAAUGUGUUUCUCGCAGGAACCAAUUCCGAAGAUCCUGUCAGAGAGGACGCUAUCGCAGUACGGUCCGGACUCCCCAUUCCGGCAUCGCGAGGUGAUGCGCGAGUGGGUGGAGACCGUGUUCAAGCGAGGGAAUCAUGAGCAUCUGGUCGAGUUCGGAACGAGCGUUGAGCUGGCUCAGCACACGGGGCAGGAGUGGGUUCUUACGCUGCGCAAAUCUCUCGAGGGAGCGGAAAAGGAUUACUGGUGGCAAGAGAGAUUCGACGCGGUGGUUGUUGCAACAGGCCACUACUACCUGCCCAACAUCCCGAAUAUUCCAGGGAUUGUUGAAUAUGAUGAGAGGUAUCCGGGUAGAAUCAAGCACAGUAAACAUUACGAGACGUCGGACGAGUUCAAGGGCAAGCGAGUCAUUGUUGUCGGCGGAUCGGUCUCCGCAUUCGACGCUCUUCACGAUAUCAGACGAGUCUCCAAGCUGCCCAUCAUAUCAUCACUUCGCAAUCACUCGCCGAUAUUUGGGGAGACACCAUUCAAGCACCCGGAGAUCGAAAACCACUCCGGAAUAUCGUCCUUUGACCCCGGAACUGGCGCAAUUCAUUUCGCAGACGGUUCCACUGCGCACGACGUAGAUGCCGUUGUCUUCGCGACUGGCUACGACUUCAGCUUUCCAUUCCUGCCAGAUCUGGGACCGGUUCAUAAGCGAGUAGCGGGCCUGUACAAGCACGUCUUCAAGAUUGACAACCCGAGUCUCGCGUUUAUUGGCAUGGUAACAGGAGGCUUCGGAAUCCGCAUCUUCGAAUGGCAAGCCGUUGCCGCAGCCCGUGUCCUCGCAGGACGAGCAUCGCUACCAUCCCGUGACGAAAUGGAAAAAUGGGAACAGGAUCGGCUCGAAGAGCGCGGAGAAGGAGGGCCAUUCUGGACCCUGAUGCCUGACUUUGAGACACACUUUGAGCAGCUCCGCGAGCUUGCAGGUGAACCAGCUCCAGGCACAACAGGCAGAGUUCUGCCCAAGUACGAGUCGGCAUGGGGCGAUGUCUUCUGGGACUUUAUUAAGAUGAGGAUUGAGUGGUGGAAGAAGGAUCAGAGUAAGGCGGAGCAAGCAUUAAGGUAGAGAAUGAUCAAUUUGUUAUAAUUGGUGCGAUCGAGCAAGGGCAUAUCGAGGAGUGUAUACAAAAGCGGUGCGGAGGCGUUCUGGCAGACAAAGAGGAUGAUUAGGUUUUUGUGGAAUCAUCUCACCCUGUUGUAACCCAAUUGUCCAAUAGUAAUGCACUUGGGCUGCAAGGGUUGAGCCAUCUCACUUUGGAGGGCGUGACUUACGCUUGUCUUGUUGUCAACCUCCAGUGACUGC